UAACGUCGAGACUCUCUGGCUCAUUAACUGCACCGGGCUCCUCCCCUCUGCUGGCAGUCGACGGCCGGCAUUCCGCAAGUUCACUGAUGUCCUACAACAGGAGACUUUAUACCAGUCAGCUGGGACAGCCUGGCAGGAUGAAUCCACACGGUGAGCCUACCGACCAGCCAGAUAACCCGGGAGACACCGGGCUGGAGAAUCCGGAACUGGGAACCGACCCGAACACAACUAAAGCCGAGGCGCGCCAACUUCAGUAUCAAGGUGGAUAUUCAAUGAUGGCACCAAAUGAGAGCAAGCGAUCUCAGAUACAGCAGAUGGCCAACAAGGAACUGGAGGAGCUGAGGCAGUGGAGGGAAGCUCACAAACCGGGUCCAAUCAGCAUGGACCCCACACAAUUGGGUGGGCUCGCUUCGGAGCAUGAAGUAAGACGGAAACAACAGAUAAAUCUCCUGGGGGCCAAGAUUCAACAAAGAGCUAAGAAAGAAGAAUAUGACCGGAAAAGGAGGGAAGCCCAAGAACUCCAAUAUCAGAAGAUGAAGGAAAUCCAGAGGGAAAAAGCCAAUAAGCUUGCGGAAAGAAGGAGGCAGGAGGACGAGGAGAGGAGAGCACAGCAGCAGGCCCAGCACCACCAAGCAAACCAGAAGUUCCUUGAUAGGAUAGAUGCCAGUAGAUCUUACAGUCAGCUGUGCCAGCGUCCCAGCUCGGCAUUUUCAACCACAUCAUGGGCCAAGAGUCACGUUUAUAAAGAGCAUCAAAAGGUGGCUGAAGACCAAAAGCUACAGGAGAUGAAGAAUGAACAAAGGAAAAAGAGUGAAUACUUAGCAGAGAAGGAAUCCGAACAGGAAGCUGAGCAGCUAAGAAGGCUUAAUGAAGAUCGUAGGAGGAAGAAUAGUGCUUUCUUGGACAACCUUGAAAGAAGACGUCAGUCUAGUCAGAAUUCCAACCUCACGUCACUUGAUGUACCUGAUGAGCAAACCUUUGGACAGGAUACCAAGGAGUAUGUUACUGCAUCAAAAUAUUAUGGAGAUGUUCAGGAAGAAGAAAACCUCCAUGAUACUUUGGCUGAACCCGAAAUUGGUAGAAGUUCACCUGAAGACACCGAUCCAGACUGGGAUUUGAUGAAGCUUUCUUCUUUCUUCCCUGGCUAUGAACUGACAUUUCUUGAAGAACUCUUGCAACAAUGUGAUGGAGAUUUCGCCAGAGUGAUCCAGCUUCUACAAUAAGCAACUUGCAACCAAGUGGAAUAAUUUGGAUUAACUUUUUUUCUGUAGCAGGCAGUUGAUUCAACUUCAAUGUGGCCCUCCUCCAGAAAGCUUUAGAUCUUCACUUGGCUGCACAGCAAGAGAGCUCCAGUAACCUGGGUUCAAUCUCAACCUUCAGAUCUGUCUGUGUGGAGUUUGCACAUUUUCCCUGUGGUCUUGUAAAUUUCUCCCACAUGCUCCAAUUUCCUUCAGUGUGCAAGAUGGAGAGUUAAAUGACAAUUGUGACUUUCCUUGAGGAUGUAGCUGACCGGUGAAAUCUGGGGAGAGUUGAUGGGAAUGCAGGGAGAAUAAAAAGGGGUUAGUGUAAAUGAUGGUUGCUGCAAACUCAGUGAGCUGAAGUGCCUGUUUCUGUGUUGUAUGACUCUAAAUUUGACAACCUGCUACCAGAAAGCAUUGAAUCAAGUCAAUGACAUUUAAUUUCCUGUCAUGGGAGCAGGAAGGGGCCAUUCAGCCCAUUGUCUGUUCUCCCAUUCACAACUAAUCUCCAACUUAGUACCUUUUAACAAUAUUAUUUUCAUUUGCAUGAUACAACUCACAUUUACUAAUCUGGCACUUCACAUCUGAUAUUGGUGUAGCAAUGACUAAUUGAAGGGAGAUUGCUAAAUUCAGUAAACCACCGACUAUUAAGCUGCAAGGAUGUAAAAUGUUUAUACAGCUAAUGAGAUGUCUUCAACCAAAGAGUUAAUGGAAGGUAAACCAAAGGCCCAAACUGAAA